AUAGCCAGAGAGAGACGGCAGCAUUACUGCAGAGAAAAGUCGCCGCCACCGCCGCCGCAUCUCCCCCGGCAACUCCAAAUCCUUCAAUACCCGCCGCCUGCUCCCGGCCGAACCAAGGCAUCCCAUACAUACAUUCUCACCGCUGUCCCCAAUCCCGUCCAUCCUUCUUCUUCUUGUUCUUCCGAUUCUCCCUCCGUAAGCCGUCACUCUAUUCCCGCGCAGCAACUUCUUUUCGUCCUUUACUUUCCGUCGUCUAGUUGCUGGAGCGGAGAACAAGAAUCCCUCUCCUGCCAGCGAGUUGGAUUUAGCAUUCAGUUUCGCCGAGAUUUACCUUAAACUCUAUCUCAGCUUUGCACCCCGUUUUGGCUUUGUAUUGGCUUCCUCCACACUACUAGAUCUGCUGUCUGCAGCAGAGCAAUUCUAUAUUUUCAGUUGUCUUUUCCAGGGCAUUUCCUUGUUCUUCUAAGAUUUUGGAUUUGGGUUUUGUGAAAGGCGGGGGAUUUUUUGAGUUGGGAUCUUAGAGAAUGGUGUUUUGGGAAGGUUAUGUGAGUGAUGAAACAAUGGGGACAUUUGCCCCAAUAGUGGUGUACUGGUUGUAUGCUGGGUUCUAUCAAAUUUUGCCGCCGUUGGACCAGUAUCGAUUGCACACGAGGAAAGAAGAGGAGAAGAAGAAUCUGGUGUCGUUGGCUAGUGUGGUGAAGGGGGUUGUGAUUCAGCAGCUGGUGCAGAUAGUUGCAGCUCAUUUGCUCUUCUUGUUGACAUCAACUACAGCUGCAUCCGAGGUUGUCAUUCAACCCUCAGUUCCUCUCCAGAUCGUCCAGAUCAUUCUAGCAAUGUUUGUAAUGGACACAUGGCAGUACUUCGUUCAUCGCUACAUGCAUCAGAACAAAUUCCUAUACCGCCAUGUACAUUCUCAACACCAUCGUUUGGUCGUCCCCCAGGCCAUUGGAGCCCUUUACAAUCACCCACUGGAGGGUCUAUUGCUGGACACAGUUGGAGGUGCAAUCUCCUUCCUCGCCUCUGGGAUGACCGCAAGAACGGGGGUAAUUUUCUUCUGCUUUGCCACGGCAAAAACAGUCGACGAUCACUGUGGCCUUUGGUUGCCUGGCAAUAUCUUCCAUCUGUUCUUCGCCAACAACUCUGCCUACCACGACAUCCAUCACCAACUCCCAGGUACAAAGUAUAAUUACUCCCAGCCGUUCUUCCCCUUAUGGGACAAGCUCUUGGGGACUCAUAUGCCCUACGUUCUUGUGAAGCGAGCCGAGGGAGGCUAUGAAGCUAAGCUGAUGAAAUACUAGUUGCAACUUGUGAAAGUUUGUGGUCAUUAACUUAUCUCUCACAGCAAGUGAAUUGGGUUUCUUGCCAGAAUUCAUAGGGAAUAGAAGUGUUUGUUUAAG